CCAUCCACCGAAUUCGAAGUGAAUCAUCUUGGAAAUGCGGAUACUGUCGCUAGUUCUGUUUUACGCGGUACUCACCGCAAGUCCGCAUGGAUUUCCGGGCAUUUCCGCAGAGAAAGAGCACCCAGGAUUCGAAGAGAUCGGACACGGACUCUUCUACUUCGAAAAGGAAAGAGAAGUAAACUUUGUGAUAGCCAGAUCAUCUUGCCGCAAGAAGGGAGCACAACUGGCCGAAUUCGAGGAUGACAAGGAGUUCCAGGCGGUUAUGGCAAAGGCGGCCAGCGGGUCCAGCUACUGGGUUGGCAUCGCCGAGAACAAAAACGGUACCUUCGUAUCCCAGACCACCGGGAAACCAGCUCGCUUCCUAAAUUGGGAAAAUGGCCAGCCCAAAAAACUUAAAACUGGUGCUUGCGUUUACACAAAUUCUAGCAAGGGAAUAGCGACGAAUUAUUGUAAAGAAAAAAUGAACUUUAUUUGCAAGGUUUAGUUACCUUCAUAAAAGGAAGAAUUGUAAGUUACAAUUCUAAAAGUAUGCAAAUAUAUAACUUGUUUUAAACGCAAUCUGUUGGGUAA